GUAGGGUGUGUGGGUGUGUGGGCUAGCGACUUGCCGGCAACGCACACAGAAGAGUCUCUUCAGUCCAACACAUUCAUAACACGCCGGUAGUCACGCCAUGCCAACGACCGUUAAAACUUCGAAGGACAUCUGUUGAAACGUUUUUUUUUUCGUCUCCUAUUCUUUUUUUUUUUUUAAUAUUACCGCAUUUAAUUAAAUUUUUUCUUGGUGCCGCACUCUUAUUGGUAAGCCUUAUCACUUGUCUCAUUCCAGUAUUCUACUCGUGGAAAUUCGCAUGCUCUUAUAUUCAAAAUCAACCAUUCGGAAUCCUAACGUGUUUAUCUUCCGCAUUGUCUUUAAGCAACACCGAUUCGUACUAAAAGACUCAUACACUAUAGACAUCUCUGUUAUUUGCCCUGGAAGCCAAAUAUUCAAUCAUUAUCAGCUGUACGCCGCAACUAUAGAAUGAUAGCCUUUAUCAUAAGACUAUCUACACUUAGUAUUGUUUUCCUUGGACCACCGUUAACUGAUGCUCUGCAUGCCGGUGCUAGCGCAAACUUAAAAAACACUAUUCAUAAUUUGGAAAAUCAUCAAUAUAAAGACUCUAGAAAAUGUCUACUACCAUUGGCAGAUCUUAAACGUACCGUGAAACGACAUACGAAUAAACGUCAACAAGCAGCUAAUAGUAACCACAAUUACGAAUAUUAUGACGAUGGUGGCGGCGGUGUCGGCGAAGGAGGAGGGGGAGGAGGUAGUAGUGUUGGAGAUAUAGCCGAUGGUAUUUUGGACGAUUAUUAUGAUCCUGACUUAAUCACGGAUCCUAGAGACCGGAUGUUGCCAGUUAUUUACAAUCCGCGGCCUUUGUAUGCGGCACCGGGACAAUUACCGCAACAAACACAACAACAGCAGGUACCGCUUUCAGAAACACCAUACAAUAGGUACCAAGACGAGACCAACAGAAUCGCUAACCCAUUCGAGAUACCUAUAAUUGGUAAUUAUCAAAACGCAGUGAACAAACCAAUUGAAGUCGAUAAAGGUGCUCUUGCAGAGUGUCCGCCCACCGAAGAUGGAUUUGAGCGAUUCGCUUGUCCAACGCCAGACAAAGAGGGAAGGUUCAGGUGCAUAGAUGAUCAUGUGCUCUGUGAUGGUUACAUCGAUUGUCCGAAUGGCGACGACGAGGACAGAAAAAAUUGUUUUUUCUUCAAAACAACUAAGGCGCACUUGGAUAUUCUAGCAGAUGCCCUUUUACGAUGGGCAAGAGGACGUUGAUAUGCAAAAUGUAAAUAACUCUGUUUUCGACAUUAAAAAAUUUAUCUUAAUGUUUUAAAUCUGAAAAGUAUACUUGAACACUUUGUCUUCUAUAUACGUUCGAUUUAAAAUAUCUUUAAUUUCGUUAAGCCAACUAAUAUAUUCUCUUAUGAAUGGAUUUUAUAAUUCAACAAUCUUCAGUAGCGUAUUUUGAAUUGUUUUACAGGAGUGUCAUUUUUUAAUUUUAAAUUAAAAAAACAGAUUCAAUUUAAAAAAAAAAUCUGAAAUAGUCAUAAAUUUGUCAAUAGAAAUUUUUGUUACAUCACUAAGUUUUUGUAAGACACUAAAAGAUACUUUUGACACGUCCUUCAAUACGCUACUUCUCUACGAUCUAAUAAAUUAAAUAAUUACAUUUUUUAAGAUUGAUAAAUACCGCUAUAGUAUAAUUCAAGAAACUCGUUAUUGUUUUUCUUCUUAUGAUAAUAUAUCUCGUAAGUUCAUAUAUACAAAUACAUAUUUAAUAUGUUCAAUAACAUAAUACUUCAUGAUAACUAUCAAGUUCCUACAAUAGUGUUGUUGUUACCAAGUAUGUAUUGUGUUGAUACAUUUAUACAGGUUGUACAUUACCAUAUUUUAUUUAUUAAUUAUUUAUUAUUUUAAAUGAAUAUAUAAUUUUUUAAAACUCUCUGUGAUCAAACAGAUCAAUAGAAAGACGCAAUAAACUAAUUUGUGUGUUUUUGUUUUAGUCAUAAUAUAUUAAUUGGAACUUGUAUAUACUUUUAUUAUUAGUAUUAUUAAUUAUGCAUUGUUAUUAUUUAUUACUAUUCUUAAGCUACAUUAAGUUGACUAUUUAUGUACUCAUAUAUGAUAUAUAUAUUUAUUUAUUUAUAAAUAAUUUAUAUUGUUUAACCAGUUACUGCAUGUUUUUAAUUGUUCAUACUGAAUUUUAGACACAAAACGCUAAAACCCCAUUUUUUAUUUACCAACUGUUAAAAUAUUUUAAAAAUAAUUAUAUUCUUCUGUUUUAUCAAUUAUUGCAUGUGCCUGCAUAUUUAAUUUUAUCAACCCUAUUACUAAACAAAACUUAUCCUAAGUAGUGUUCAUUACCUUAUAAGUAUACUCUAAUUAUUAUAUGUACAUAUAUCACAUUAAAUAAACAUAAAACAACCAAUAGUUUAUCUAUAGUCUGAAAGUGUAGAAACUGUGACGUAUUAUACAAAUCAAUGACAAAGUCUUAUUUCACGAUGGUACUAAUUUAAAACACGGUCAAUGCUUUUUGUAGCUAAUAUUUAGAACCAGUUUUAGCUUUCGAUUUAGAAAAAAACCUCAAAUAAAUAAUAACAUAAUUUUUACUUAGAUGCAUGGAUACUUAUUUAAAUCCCGAUUUGAAUUGAGGUAGAUAAAGUUGGAUCUAUUUUUAUAGUCCAAAAACAAUUAAUACCUUCCUCGCUUAUACAAAUUAAUAAUAGCUAUCAAAUAUUUGUCAGAAAAAUCAAAACUAUAUUUAAUAUAGUAUUUAUUUAGUCAAUACUAUACAGUUUUAUGCAUUUAAUAGUUAAUUUUUACAAGCCUAUGAAACUAUUAAAUAUUUAUUAAUUUAUUUGAUGAAGAGGUCUUAAGAUGAUACACGAGUCGGACAUUUAAUAUAAUUAUAAUACAACGUAAAAGCUAUUUUAAAUAAAUAAAUUAUCAUUAUCAUUUAAUAAAAAAAUUAUUUUCUAAUAGUAGACACUCAUUUAUGUAAAUAAUAAAUUCAGUCAAUAUCCCUAAGUAAACUAUUUUUUAAACAUAGCUACUUUGAUAAUAAAAGUUUUUCACUUUAUCAAUAGAAACCAUUUCAAAAUUUCAAUAAAAAAUACAAUUUUAAAAAUAUAUUUAAGAACAUGGAUAGUCUGUUAUAAUUAGUUAAAUUCAAAUAUUAUUAAGUCAUAUAUUAAUGAAACAAAAUUAAGUAAUAAUUACUCAUGUAUUUUAUAGGUACGAUAAAAAUAUCCAUGUUAACGCAUUAUGUUGUGUAAUUAUAUGAAAACUGAGUUUAAGCCAUUUCUAAUAAGAAAGGGUGGUGCAAUAUUGACUUACAAUAUUUUAUUAGAAACCAUCGAAACAAAAAGCUAUUAAUUAAAACUUUUACUUUUUAAACAUAAUUAAAACUUUUAAGAAUCUAGACAAUAGUCCUGCAAAUUAGUUGAUUUAACAUCUGACUAUAUUAUUUAACUACCCCACAAAUUUUUAAUAUUUCAACACUUAAUUUUUAAUUAGGUCUAGAAUUUUAUUGCAUUUACUUAAAUAACUGAUUUAUUAUUCAAUAUUUACCAAGAAUUGAUAUAUUAACGAGAAAUCCCUUCUUUUAUCUAACAUGAUCAUCAAAAAUGAUUUUUCAUAUAACUUAAUCUCAUUUUUCACUAAAAAAAAAUUAUAUUUACCAAAAAAAUGCUAAGGACUUUAAUAAACAACUAAUUUAGAAAACAAAUAUUCAUUGGAAGCGUCUUUAUAUGAAUCUAUCAUGUCAGCAGUGUAUCCCUUAAGAUCUAUAAAAUAUACAAAACUAUAAUGUAAUUGCAAAUGAAUACAUAGUAUAUAUUUAUAAUAGGUAACUUAUACUGUUAUAAUUUAAAUUAUUUAAAUUUUACAAAUUAAUUAACCAUUACAAGAUAUAGUAGCUAAGGAUUUAUACUGCAUGUGUCACCCACAAUGGAUAAUAGUAGUUAACUAAAAACAUGACACUUUUUUUAUUCUCUACACAAUUUAGUAGAUGUUAACAAUUUUUUAGCACGUUUAUCCAAACAUGAUGUACGACUAUUUUUUUAAAUCACACAAUAAUUAUUAUCUUUAAUGUUAAAAUAGAAACAUAAUUUAAAAUGUAUAGAAUCAUUGCAAACAUUUAUUUAAUAUUUCUGCAGAAAUAUUAAAAAAAAUUCUUAUGAAAGAAAAUAAUCACAACUACUAGAUAUUUGAGAAAGAUUAUAAUAUAAAUAACAAAAAAAACAAUAUUUACGCAUAAUAAACAUUUAAAACAUACACAAUUAUUAGCAUACAAAUAAAUAUAGAAAUGUUUGGCGACUGGACACGGUUUUCAUAAGAUGAAUACACCAAUUUAAACAAGACAUUUUUAUUUUAUGUGAUUAUU